CAGCGGUGAGGGCCCCGCGCCGUCAUGGCGGGGCCGCUGGGGCCGGUCUACGAGGGGCGGUUCACAGACACGUUGCCACACAUCUCGGCCGCUGGGAAGUUGCUUCCAACUGGCGAUACGGCUGCGCAUUGCCUCACUGAGAUUGUACCCAGGCCCAUUACUCCGACUAUUGUGCGAAAGUUUUGAAAUACGACAAAUCCAGCUCCUGGUGUUGAAAGAAUAUUCUGUGGCAGAGCAGAUGAUCCUGACAUUGCAGCUCACUUGACGUAUGGCAUACAGUCAUGUUCUUCACUUGGUGCAGCUUCAUUGAUAAAUCCACUUCCUAAAACUAAUUUUCAACAAAAAAUACAAGAUAGAAAAGAAGCAAUCUACUUUAGUAACCGUGAAGCACCCUUGGGCAAAUCACAUGAUCAAUCUCCUAUGUUACCUAAGGGCUUAGAUAUAACUAAUACCACAUUUGGAACAAAAAUCAUCCAAGAUGCACCAGCUGGAGAGCUUAUAAAUCCACCAAAAACUUUUGAGGAAGUAGGUAAAGAAACCAGAAAAGGACAUGAUCUGUACAUUGUGUCGCACAAUGAUUAUUAUGCAGGGGAAGCAAUAAAUAGGAAGUAUGACUCACCAAACUUCAGCAAGUCUUUUGUGUAUGGAAUAGAAACCCCUCACUUUAAAGAUGGACGAAAUGUGUCCAAAUCCUUAAAUUGGCUCUCUGAUCUGCAAUGGAAAAAAGCAGCAAAAAUUGUAUCCAAAAGAAGUGAUGAUUUCAAGGAAAAAUUUCAACCUCAGGUUGGAAAAGUCCUUGAUCCUAUAGCAGAAACUAUGAAUGUUCCCCCAGGCAAUACAUUUGGAAUGUUACUCCGUCCAGAUGAAUGUGGAGUUGGCGAUCUUCACUGUCGGGCUCCAAGUGAGUUCCUCCAUGGUAAAGACAGAGAGAGAGCUGUGCUAGCUGCAGUUCGGCAAAGUUUGAAGAAAGCUAACUAUGAAAAUUUUGAUAUGUUGCUAGAAGCAUUUAGGCAUUAUGAUAAGAAUGGUGAUGGAAUGAUAGACAAAGAUGACCUGCGGAAGUCCUGUUUUCAGCUUAAUCUGAACCUAGAUGAUGAGCUCUUGGAUUCCUUACUUGACUAUUGUGAUUUGGAUAAAGAUGGUCUGAUCAGUUAUCUGGAGUUUGCAAACUUUCUUAACUGGAAAGACAAAAUGGCUGUUAAAGAAUUUGAAGAAAAAAUAAUUACAAAAGGGAAAAAAAUAAAUGUUCCUGCUCUGUCUGGCACAAAUGCAGAUGAUGAACCACUGCUGAAGCAGGAAGAUCUUGUAUUAAAAGAACCAGGAAGCUCAGAGAAGACACCAAAAACACUUACAAGACCAACAGACAGUGUAUUUGCAGAUUAUCAAACAACUUCUCAGUAUAAUGCUGUAGUAGGUGGUCUCCCAACAACCUAUUAUCCAGUGUGUGGCAUUCCAAUUAUUCGUUCAGAUAUUCCUGCUCCUCGAAUUUGCCGCAUCAGUGACAGAACUAAUCAUGGUGAUGAGGCAAAUGCUUAUGCAUUAUUGUUCCCUUCUGUCUUCAGUCAAAAGGGAGUGUAUGAAAAAGACCUUUUUAAAACAAGACCAAAGGUAGAGGUUGCACAAAUUCUCUGCAACAUUGGUAUGAAUGUUUCAGAUGAAAGAUUUGAAGAGAUAUGGAAGCAAGCCUGUAUGAAACAACAGAACGAAGAGGUUUGCAUACAAAAUGUCAGGAAUAUACUAGAUAAGAUAAAUGCAACGCCCAAAGACUAGAAUUAGCAAUUGUUUUGUGUACGUGUGAGGCAUAUAUUUAAAUUGACUUCAGUCAUAAUUCUGGUGCUGAAUACAAUAAACAUUUUAAAUAAGAUGUUUUUAUAUAACUAGAGUUCACUGUUUAUUGUCUUUCUGAAUACUGCAUUCACCGCAAAUUUAUAUAAAUGUUUCUGCCCUAGUUGCAGUUACUAGGAACCGAUAUCCAUGUGAAGAAAAGAGGAUACAUGUACAACAUGUUUGUGAAAGGAAUUCAAAUUUUUGUCUUACAUUCUUUAUCAUUUUUUUUAAACAUUGUUUCUAAGUCUAAAUCAUAAUACUUUAGAAAUGGACACUUCUGCAUUUAGGAUUUUUCUCUCUCUGGAAGACCUCUUAAAGAUAAUUAUCAUAGAAAAACAUCUACCCUUGUUUCUAAUGUUCUAUAACUCCUCGUCAGUAAAAUGGUAGCAAACAGAGAACUGUCUAGGGUGUUAUUUGAUGUGUUUAAAAAUCCGUGUGACAAAGUGCUUUACAGUAAGAUACUUGGUCGUGGGUGUGGGGUCUAAAGCAUUUUCAUGAAGUAGACACCAUAAGAAUCAAUCUGUUAAGUGCAAAAAUAAAUGACCAAUUGUGCGGCAGAGGGUUCUUAUUCUAUAUCCCAGCUUAUGGCUAUUAGGUACUAGUAUUGAAUUUUCACAAUA